AUGGGUCACGCUUUCUCUGUGCUAGCGCUCCUUGCAGCCCUAUCAUCUAGUGUCUUGUCUCAUGCUGAUCCAGUUAUGCUGCAAACACAAACUGCUUACGAUAAUCUUGGUGAUAAUAGAAGAUUCAUGAGUACUGAUGCCGCAUCAGGCAAAGCAGAUGAAGAAGACCGUACAUUUUCGGAGUUUGUCGCAAAAGUUGCCGAUGGAGGUAAAGUGGAGGAGUGGCAUAAUGAACGCAAAGACUUUCAACCACUUCUCAAUGGAAUGAGUGACUCGGGGACGCCAUUAUUUGAAAAUCCUGAUCUGCCGUCAUUCUUUAAAUAUGUUCAUGAUCAUGGAGACUAUCAAGACCCAAAUGCGAUGAUUGGAGAAAUGCUUGUCUCUUCCGUUGGCAAUUUGAAAGCUGCAAAAAUGCUUGAAAAGGCAAAGAAAAAUCCUGCUCAGCAGGAACUGGCACAGAUUAUUGAGAAUUCACUCUUUGCAUAUUGGAGGAGAUCACCAGACAAUUUGAAACAACGUUUCGAGACGCUUAAACCUAAAAAGUUUUCGAAAGAAGACGUUGGUGAUCAGUUGUUCAAGGAGUCUGGACUGAAAACUUUGAUCGACUAUGCAAUCAAAUUGCGUCAGUUGAAGGAAAGCCAAACGCCCAGCGCAAUAAUUGAUGGCCAGAGUGCUGAGAAGAAGGGUCUACACGAUGUUGUCUUGUUGUUAAUAUCACAACGAGGUUACAGCGAUCUUUCAGAACAGAUUGAGAUGGGUUUAAAAAAUUCUGAGACUGUGGAAGUGGCCAAAUUAAUCCAGGAGGGUCUAUUUGACUCGUGGAAACAGACACCGUUCAAGCAAUUGUUUAAACACUUCGAUCUCAAGAAGAAUCACAACGACCUCUUCAGUCGUCCUGCAAUGUAUACUUUGGUAAAGUUUGCCGUAGAAAAGGAGCGCAAAAAUGAUUUCGUCAGUUUUCUCGGCGGUGCUAAGGGACUUACAGAAAAAAUUCAAAAGAAUCAAUCAGAAAAUAAUAUUGAAGCCGUCGUUAAUUCCCUUCGAGAAUGGGAUGUAUCUCCGGAAAACAAGAAAAAAAGUUUCAUUUCCGGAUUUCUUACAACCACCACGAAUCCACGGCCACUUUCGUCAGAUAGAACUCCUUUGAACAAAGUAAUCCCAACCACUCCGAAUCUGCAGCCGAUUUCGUCAGGUGAAACACUUUUGGCUCCGAUCACUUCGAAUUUGCAGCAAGUUUCGUCAGGUAAAAGUUUCCCGGACAAAAUAACCCCAGCCACUUCCAAAAUGCAGCCAGCUUCGUCAGGUGAAGAUCUAGCUAUCCCAGCAAGCUCCAUAUCGGAGCUCAAUUCUGCAUCAUCGGUUCCACACGGUGCGCCUUUUGGGCCAUUAAAACAACAAGAACCUUCGAGUGAGGCUAUGACGUUGCCGGCGAAUUCAAAAUUAGAAUUGAUGCCCCCAGAUGCACCAAAAUCGAGCACUUUUCUUGCCAAAAUUAGGCGCAUUCUAUCCGCUGUGUGGGCAAAACUUCGGGCCUUACUGUGGCCUUUUAAUUGA